AUGGAACCUAUCCCAAAAAUUACAGGGAGUAAGACCUAAGCGACUUCCAAGCUCCGACCGUUAUGUGAGUCGUGACAAAGAGGCAUUUUGAGAGGUUUUUGAAUAGGCAUGGAGACUGACGGAUGUUCCCGAAUGUCUAGAGACAAUGAGCUAUCGCAUUCCUCAUUUCCUACUUCUGUUCUCGACGAAGGCGUUUCUGGCAAACCGCUCAUCUGCUCUACUGCCAGCGUAGGCGGCGGUGAAGAAGGAGACCACCGGCCUGUUCCUACGUUCUUUGACCAGCUCCCUGAGGACCUGUUGGAGAAUGUGUAGCGCUUCCUUAGCGACCGUAACGAUCGCGACGCUGCCUCGCUCGUCUCCAAGUCAUGGUACCGCGCGGAGGCGAUGACCAGAUCCGAGGUCUUCGUCGGAAACGGUUAUGCUCUACCGCCCCAGCGCCUCGCAGCUCGGUUCGGUCAGAUCACCUCAUUGAUUCUCAAGCUCAAGUCUCACGCCGAGCGUUUAUUCUUUCCUUCACAGGAUCCGCGUUUCCGGCCCUGGGUCACCGUCGUUGCCGAGGGUUAUCCAGCACUCGAGAAAUUGUACCUCAAAAACUAUGCUGUCUCGGACGAAGAUUUGAACAUUCUGGCUCUAUCAUGCCCGAAUUUGAAGGAGCUGGUGUUGGUCCGCUGCAGAUAUUUCGGGACCCAAGGACUUGCUUAUGUUGCAGGUGCGUGCAGGAAAUUAAGGGUGCUGGAUGUGAUUCAAUGUCAUGUUGUUCACGACGGUGUGGAUUGGAUUUCAUACUUCCCUGAGGAUAACAUAUUUCUUGAGUCUUUGAUCUUUGAAGAGUCUAUGUGGUGUGUGAAUUUUAAAGCUUUGGAGCAGCUGGUAAUAAGAUCUCCUUCUUUGAAGAAACUUAGGUUAGAUGACCUUGUUUCCAUCGGCCAACUUCAUCGCCUGAUGAUUAAAGCUCCUAAGCUCACCCAUCUCGGUAUAGGUAAAUUUGUUCGCUCAAGUGAACAAGAACCUGCUCUGGGUGAACUAGAACUUCACUACGCUUCUGCUUUUGCUGUAUGCAAUUCCUUAAUUUCUCUUUCUGGAUUCAGGGAUGAACUUCCUAUUUAUCUGCCUGCGCUGUAUCCUGUUUGUGCCAACUUGACAUCCCUUAAUCUCAAACAUACUCUCAUCAGCUGUGCAAAUUUCAAAGAAGUCAUUUUCCACUGCCCUCAACUACAGAGCCUGUGGGUGUCUGGUAGAAUCUGGGACGUAGGACUCAAGGCAGUAGCAGCAACAUGUAAGGAUCUGAUAGAGCUUCGUGUUUUCCGGGAUGAGCAUGCUUAUGGUAUUGUUAAUGGGGAUGAGUUGGCUGAUGUGCUUGUCUCCGAAAUUGGUUUGAUUGCAAUCUCCGAGGGAUGCAGGAGACUUCAGUACAUACUCCGUAUUAUAUUUCUGCAAGAGAAUGACUAAUGCAGCUCUGGUUGGUCUGUCGAAGAACUGCCCAGAUCUUUUGGUAUUCCGUCUUCACACAUCGGGGUGUCGAAGUCCGGACUACUAUACGCUGGACUCCAUGGAUGAAGGGUUUGGAGCGAUUCUUAUGAACUGUAAGAAGCUUAGACGGCUCCACACAUCUGGUUUAUUGACAGAUAAUGCUUUAUGUUACAUUGGACAGUAUGGGAAAUCACUCCGUACUUUGUCUGUUGGUGUUGAUGGAAAGAAUGAAAUUUGUGCUCAACGGUUGCCCUAACUUACUAAAGCUUGAGAUAAUUGAUUUCCGAUUCGGUGAUUCAGCUUUGCGUUCUCUUUUGCAUCAUUUUUACAGGCUGCAAUUUGUGAAGAUUUCAACAUGCGGGGUAACUUAUCAAUGCUGUGAGGAAAUUGCCCGCCAAUUACCUCAGUUAGUAAUAGAAGUGGCUGCCAAGAUUGCCAUACCUUCGGAUCAGAGGGGCUAUGACAGAUUAUUCAUAUACCGAUCUCUUGAAGAAUAAAAAAUUAUAUGGACCAAAGUAUGCCCAAACCUUCUAAAGUUACAUGGUGUGACCGGGAAGAAUAGAUUGUCUGAGUUUUAGUGAUCAAUACUCUGCUGAUGGCUGUUGCGAAAUAUAAAUGUAUGAGUAGGUUCCAUCAUGACUGAGCAAUGAAGUUAGCUCCAUUCAUCUCUUGUGAGUCAUGUACCCAUGCUUUUAAAUUAUGUUACCUAGAAAGAAAAAAGAAAGAAAAUUGGUCUGAUGGCUUCACUUAGUGUAUGUGUGCUGUGAAUGGACGUAUAUGAAAAUUAG